CAGCCAAUUCCUGCACUACAAAACUCGCUGCACUGAGCGCACAUACUGAGUCGAUGCGUUUUGUCAGAAAAACCUUGCGCCUGUUUUCUGUGCACAAUCUCACCCGGGCUCCAUCUCCGAGCCCAGGGAGCACUAUGUUUUCUUUUUUGCGUGUGUGUGAACAGUGAGGUUUGGAGGCUGCAGGCCUAAAUGACCUUUACGAUUUUUGCGAAACGCACUUGCCGACACUCCCUUACAUUCUGCUGAGAGUCAUCAAUUAUGCAGGGAACCUGCUCGCACUGAGGGGGAAGAUAGCAGCAACAAUAUGGCGACAACCGCAGUUUCUCCCCAAUCUCUUCCACAUCUGCAGUCCUGCUACGGCUUCCCGGAUUCACUGUAACGCUGACAAAAGCUACUACUGUGGAUGGUACAAACCUAAAGACCAAGUAGCUGCAGGAUGAAAACAUGGCUGCACCCCUUAUUGCACCGCCAGGACCUGAUAGCUUCAAGAAGUUUACUUUGGAAUCUUUGGCGAUUCUCGAGCAGCGCAUCAAUGAGGAGAAGAACAAGAAGCCACCCAAGCAGGACAGCAGCUACCGCGACGAUGAUGACGAGAACAAGCCCAAGCCUAACAGCGAUCUGGAGGCUGGGAAGAGUCUGCCCUACAUCUACGGCGACCCCCCUAAAGGAAUGGUGGCGGUACCACUGGAGGACCUGGACCCAUACUACCUGAACACUCAGAAAACAUUUAUAGUGCUAAAUAAAGGGAAGACAAUCUUCCGUUUUAGUGCCACACCUGCCUUGUACUUCAUAAGUCCUUUUAAUCUCGUUAGGCGAAUAGCUAUUAAAAUUUUGAUACAUUCUCUUUUCAGCAUGAUCAUUAUGUGUACUAUUUUGACCAACUGUAUAUUCAUGACCUUUAGCGAUCCUCCCGAGUGGUCAAAACAAGUAGAGUACACAUUCACAGGAAUUUAUACAUUUGAGUCUCUUGUAAAAAUCUGCGCACGAGGAUUCUGUAUAGACGGGUUUACAUUCCUUAGAGAUCCAUGGAACUGGCUGGAUUUCAUGGUCAUUUCAAUGGCAUAUAUAACAGAGUUUGUGGACCUGGGCAAUGUAUCUGCGCUGAGAACGUUCAGAGUUCUCCGAGCAUUGAAAACUAUCUCUGUCAUUCCAGGCCUGAAGACCAUUGUGGGCGCCCUGAUCCAGUCUGUGAAGAAGCUUUCGGAUGUGAUGAUCCUGACCGUCUUCUGCCUGAGUGUCUUUGCCCUCAUCGGUCUCCAGCUCUUCAUGGGCAACCUGCGCCACAAGUGUGUGAUCUGGCCAAUCAACAUCACUGAGAGCCACCUGGCCAACGGCAGCAAGGGCUUUGACUGGGACGAGUACAUCAUGAACGACACCAAUUUCUACUUCCUGCCCGGCCAGCUGGAUGCACUUCUCUGCGGGAACAGCUCUGACUCUGGCCGCUGCCCGGAGGGCUACACAUGUAUGAAAGCUGGGAGGAAUCCAAACUACGGCUACACCAGCUUUGACAGCUUCGGCUGGGCCUUCCUGGCUCUCUUCCGACUCAUGACACAGGACUUCUGGGAAAACCUUUACAUGCUGACCCUGAGAGCUGCAGGGAAGACCUACAUGAUCUUCUUUGUGUUGGUUAUCUUCGUGGGUUCCUUCUACCUGGUGAAUCUGAUCUUGGCUGUGGUAGCCAUGGCCUACGAGGAGCAGAAUCAAGCCACCAUGGAAGAGGCCCUGCAGAAGGAGGAGGAAUUCAAGGCCAUGCUGGAUCAGCUCAAGAAACAGCAGGAAGAUGCUCAGGCUGCUGCGAUGGCAACCUCUGCUGGCACGGUGUCAGAGGACGCGGUGGAGGACGACGGAGGAGGGCGUCUGUCGUGCAGUUCCUCCGAGAUGUCAAAGCUCAGCUCCAAGAGCGCCAAAGAGCGGCGCAAUCGCAAGAAGAAAUGGCGGCAGAAAGAGCAAGAGAAGGAAAAAGGAGACAGCGAGAAGUUUGUCAAGUCAGAGUCGGAUGACGGCAGCAAGAGGAGCCGCUUCCGGUUCCCAGAUAAUCGCCUGGGUCGAAAGUCUUCCAUUAUGAACCAGUCCCUCCUCAGCAUACCUGGCUCGCCUUUCCUGUCCCGCCACAACAGCAAGAGCAGCAUCUUCAGCUUCAAGGGGCGCAGCAAAGACGUGGGCUCGGAGAACGAAUUCGCGGACGACGAGCACAGCACAGUGGAGGAGUGUGAGGAGCGUCGGGGCUCCCUGUUCAGCCCGUAUCGGCGGAGCAGCUACAGCGGCUUCCACGGCAAGAGGAACAGCACAGUGGAUUGCAACGGCGUGGUGUCGCUCAUCGGCCCUGGGCCCGGUGGACGCCUUCUGCCUGAGGUGAAAAUAGAUAAGGCAGCUACUGACGACAGUCCGACUACUGAGGUUGAGGUGAAGAAGAAGCUGUCGGGCUCCCUGAUGGUGUCUGUGGACCAGCUCAAUACCUCCUUUGGGCGGAAAGAGCGGGCCAACAGUGUCAUGAGCGUCAUUACCAACACACUAGUGGAGGAACUGGAGGAGUCUCAGCGCAAGUGUCCGCCAUGCUGGUAUAAGUUUUCUAACACAUUCCUGAUCUGGGAGUGCUCCCCCACCUGGAUUAAGAUCAAGGAAAUUGUGAACCUGAUUGUCAUGGAUCCCUUCGUGGACUUAGCCAUCACCAUCUGUAUUGUCCUGAACACCCUCUUCAUGGCCAUGGAGCACUACCCCAUGACCCCCGACUUUGAAGACAUGCUGUCUGUAGGCAAUCUGGUGUUCACUGGGAUCUUCGCAGGAGAGAUGCUUUUCAAGCUGGUGGCUAUGGAUCCGUACUACUACUUCCAGGAGGCCUGGAACUGUUUUGAUGGUUUCAUUGUGACGCUGAGUUUAGUAGAGCUGGCUCUGGCGGACGUCGAAGGCCUGUCUGUGUUGCGGUCAUUCCGAUUGCUGAGAGUGUUCAAGCUGGCCAAGUCAUGGCCGACCCUCAACAUGCUGAUCAAGAUCAUUGGUAACUCGGUGGGAGCCUUGGGGAACUUGACUCUGGUGCUGGCCAUCAUCGUCUUCAUCUUUGCCGUGGUAGGCAUGCAGCUGUUUGGCAAGAGCUACAAAGACUGUGUGUGUAAAAUCGCUGCUGACUGUGAGCUGCCACGCUGGCACAUGAACGACUUCUUCCACUCCUUCCUGAUCGUUUUCCGGGUGUUGUGUGGCGAGUGGAUUGAAACCAUGUGGGACUGCAUGGAGGUGGCGGGGCAGGGCAUGUGCCUCAUUGUCUUCAUGAUGGUCAUGGUCAUCGGCAACCUGGUGGUGUUGAACCUGUUCCUUGCCUUGCUGCUGAGCUCAUUCAGUGCUGACAAUUUAGCUGCGACAGAUGACGACGGUGAACCCAACAACCUGCAGAUUUCCGUCAGGCGCAUCAAGAUCGGUAUUGCAUGGGUAAAAGCAAAGGUAAGGAUACUGAUGGCCAGUCUUCUGAAGAAACCACCGAUGGAGGACGAGCAAAAGCCUUUGGAUGACAUGUAUGACAAGAAGCUGAAUUGCAUUGCUAACCACACCGGGGUGGACAUCAACCGUGACCUGGACUAUGCCAAGAAUGGUAACGGCACAACCAGCGGUAUCGGCAGCAGCGUGGGCAAGUAUAUGAUCGAUGAGGACCACAUGUCGUUCAUCCACAAUCCCAACCUGACCGUCUGCGUGCCCAUAGCUGUGGGAGAGUCUGACUUUGAGAACCUCAACACGGAGGACUUCAGCAGCGAGUCGGAGAAUGAGAACAGCAAAGAGCUGGAUGACACCAGUUCAUCAGAGGGAAGCACAAUCGACAUCAAACCAGAUGUGGAAGAGGUGGUUGUGGUGGAGACAGUGGAGGAAUACAUGGAACCGGAGGCGUGUUGGACAGAUGGUUGUGUUGCCAAGUAUAAGUGCUGUGAUGUCCCCAUCAAUGCGGGCUGGGGGAAGUACUGGUGGUUCCUGAGAAAAACCUGCUACCUGAUUGUGGAACACAACUGGUUUGAGACCCUCAUCAUCUUCAUGAUCCUCCUCAGCAGCGGUGCCCUGGCCUUUGAGGAUGUGUACAUCGAGCAGAGAAAGACCAUCCGGAUCAUUUUGGAGUACGCCGACAGGGUUUUCACCUACAUCUUUAUCCUGGAGAUGUUGCUGAAAUGGGUCGCCUACGGUUUCGUCAAGUAUUUCACCAACGCCUGGUGUUGGCUGGACUUCUUCAUUGUGGAUGUGUCUAUAGUCAGCCUUGUAGCUAAUGCGCUGGGCUACUCCGAUCUAGGGCCCAUUAAAUCACUCAGGACACUAAGGGCCUUGAGACCCCUCAGAGCCUUGUCACGUUUUGAAGGGAUGAGGGUGGUAGUCAACGCCUUGGUGGGUGCCAUCCCUUCCAUUAUGAAUGUGUUGCUGGUUUGCCUCAUCUUUUGGCUGAUUUUCAGUAUCAUGGGGGUCAACUUGUUUGCGGGCAAGUACUACUACUGUUUCAAUGAGACGUCAGAGGAAUACUUCCCCGUCGAUGUGGUCAACAACAAGACCCAGUGCGUGGCCCUCAUGGAACAAAACUAUACCGAGGUCAGGUGGAAGAACGUCAAGAUCAACUUUGACAAUGUGGGCGCCGGCUACCUGGCCCUGCUGCAAGUGGCCACAUUCAAAGGCUGGAUGGACAUUAUGUACGCAGCUGUGGAUUCAAGAAACGUGGAAGACCAGCCUGACUAUGAAGUCAACAUCUACAUGUACAUCUACUUUGUUGUUUUCAUCAUAUUCGGCUCCUUCUUCACCCUUAACCUCUUUAUUGGUGUGAUCAUCGACAACUUCAACCAGCAGAAGAAAAAGUUUGGAGGUCAGGAUAUCUUCAUGACGGAGGAACAGAAGAAAUACUACAAUGCCAUGAAAAAACUGGGGUCCAAAAAGCCACAAAAACCUAUUCCUCGACCACAGAACAAGGUCCAAGGCAUGGUGUUUGACUUUGUGACGCAACAAGUCUUCGACAUCUCCAUCAUGAUACUCAUCUGUCUCAACAUGGUCACCAUGAUGGUUGAAACGGACGAUCAGUCGGAUGAAACAGAGCUUGUCCUCUACUGGGUCAACUUCAUUUUUAUCGUAGUCUUCACUACAGAAUUCUUGCUGAAGCUCUUUGCCCUUCGCCACUAUUACUUCACCAACGGCUGGAAUAUCUUCGACGUGGUGGUGGUGAUCCUGUCUAUUGUCGGCAUGUUCCUGGCUGACCUCAUUGAGAAGUACUUUGUGUCACCGACUCUGUUCAGGGUGAUCAGGUUGGCUCGUAUUGGCCGUAUCCUCCGUCUGAUCAAAGGAGCUAAGGGCAUCCGGACUUUACUCUUUGCCCUGAUGAUGUCACUGCCAGCCCUUUUCAACAUUGGGCUCCUGCUCUUCCUGGUCAUGUUCAUCUUCUCCAUCUUCGGUAUGUCCAACUUCGGCUAUGUCAAACACGGAGCAGGCAUUGACGACUUGUACAACUUUGAGACCUUUGGCAACAGCAUGAUCAUUCUGUUCAUGAUCACCACGUCGGCUGGAUGGGACGGCUUACUGCUGCCGAUCCUCAACUACCCACCAGACUGCGAUCCCAAUUUGGAAAACCCUGGUACAUCCGUGAAGGGCGACUGUGGCAACCCCUCAGUGGGAAUCUUCUUCUUUGUCAUGUAUAUCAUCAUUUCCUUCCUGAUUGUGGUCAACAUGUACAUCGCCAUCAUUCUGGAGAACUUCAGCGUGGCCACAGAGGAAAGUGCAGAUCCACUCAGCGAGGACGACUUCGAGACCUUUUACGAGAUCUGGGAGAAGUUUGACCCCACUGCCUCUCAGUUCAUCACUUUUGCCAAGCUGUCUGACUUUGCUGACACACUGGAGCACCCACUUCGUGUGCCAAAGCCCAACACUAUAGAACUAAUAGCCAUGGACAUGCCCAUGGUGAGCGGCGAUCGCAUUCACUGCCUGGACAUCCUGUUUGCCUUCACAAAGCGAGUGCUGGGUGACAGUGGUGAGUUGGACAUGCUGAGGCAACAGAUGGAAGAGCGUUUUGUGGCAGCCAACCCCUCCAAGGUGUCGUAUGAACCCAUCACCACCACUCUUCGCCGCAAACAGGAGGACGUCUCUGCCAGAAUUAUCCAGAAUGCCUACCGCGCCCACCUCAUCAGGCGUGGCAUCAUCUUCAAGCGCCACACUUUCACUAACAACAAGCUGGAGAACGGCGGGACCAACCAAGAGAAGAAGGAGAGCACACCAUCCACAGCCUCUCUCCCCUCGUACGACAGCGUGACCAAACCCGACAAGGAGAAGCAGGAUGAAAACAAGGAGGAGUGGGCCCGAAAAGAGAAGGACAAAAACCAAAAAGAUGAGUGGGAAUCCAAGUGUUAGGGUUCAGUGACUCCUGAAAAAUCCAAUAAAACACAGUGAGAUGAGACUCUGAGCCCAAACCCAACAAAAUGUAGAAAAAGUGAUCAUUUGCAAGUAAGAAAAAAAACAAAACAACAAAAACAUCAAAAAAAAAAAAAUGUUUACAGACUCAAAUACUACUGAGGCAAUGUGGUUUCUUAUGUCGUCAGAGACAGCUGAACCAAACACAAUCAGUUUACCACGGACUUUUGCUGCAUAGUGACCAAGUUCAUUAAAAUGAGGAACAAAUGCAAAAUGAAAAACAGUGACUCACUGUGUGCUGGCCAAUGACACACAUUUCUUCGGGGAUCAACUGCCAAGGCACAGAAAUCUCUGUUAGAUGAUCGAAGAAUUGCAAAAUCCCUGCCACCACCGAGUGUGGACCCCCGCAGCAGCGCUCUGCGGGACUGGAUCGUACAGAUCCCACUACUAGAACUGUACCAGCAGUCUAAAGGAGGGUCUGUGAUAUCGCGUUUACCAUCUCUGUCAACAACAAAAACAAUAAUCAACCAAGCAAGAUUAGCUAGGAAGGAAACACUAGCGAGCGAGGGGGAAACCCAGAACCGUAGACAAAGAUUUUUUUUGUUUGUUUGUGCGGAGUAUACUUGCAUCUUUACAUUAUUUGAGCAGCAAAAAAAGAUAACAUUUAGCCCAUGUCACUAGUCUUUUCAUCUCCUCUUUGUUAUACUGACAUUGAAAAAGACAUUUUCUACAUGGGCUUUCACACUGACCAGUAGGGGUCAUUAGUCAUUGUUUUGACUUGGGCUGAAGGAGACUUGCUCAGACCGAGUUCCAGAUAAAUAAUAAUUAUUGUGCUCGUUCAAUGCAUAGAAAUGACUUGCAUGAAGGCAUGUUUUGAUCAGGAAUCAUGCAUGAGUAAUCAUAGUCCACAAGACACUAAUUCUCAGACCACUGCAGUGGCUUGACUAUAGUUUGAGGCUGUCCACUGGGGAAAUUACGAGAGGAAUGAUAGUGAUUGAUCCUGCCCUUCACUAGUUUUACUUUUCAACUGACAGAUCGUUUAAUUAAGCCCUUCAUUUCAAAGUUCAGGUGAAUGAAGGAUGUAAGCACUCAGAGGCAAAGUCUCAGUCGGACGACACAAACCAGAAAAUGUUUUUUUGCUGCUCUGAAUGUUAGUAGUAUAGAAAGAUUGUGGAGUGUGUGAGUGUUAGGAGGCAGAAUAUCCUCAUGUUGAGGAUGCACAGAUUUGGAGGGCCAUGCCGGUGUUCCUGAACCAAAUCUGGGGCUUACAUCUCUUUGUUUACUUACAUCCGUCAUACAGUCACUUCCCAAGGAAUCAAUUUCUGGCAUAAAUAAGGGUCUGGUUUGCAUGAGUGUCAAUAGGUAUCCCCUCUACUGCUGUAGUUCUUGGACAAGGGACCAAAAUGUGGUUAUGUUUUAUUUUGAUUUUUUUGUUUUGGGCUAGUGGAAGAACUGAAAGCAUCUUUUAGGUCGAUACAGUAAAGACAGUACUCUUACCAAUUAAUUGAUUUCAACAUCCUCUUUUGUACUCUGUCAGAGCCACAUCAGAAUUCCUCCCGGCGAGUGAUGUCUUAGGUAGUGCUUUUCGGACAAUUUGAGUUGCCAGCUUUAGAGAAAAAAAAAAGCCUUGAAGUCCUUCUCUGAUGUCCUUGUGAUGCAAUCAUUCUCAGAAAAGUCGGCUUUGAUCAGUGAGAGUGACACUGACCAUCUGAAAGAGCGGAGUUAGCAGAGAAUUAUCACAAGGACAUGCCUUGUCGUGCCUAGCAUGUAUGGAAGGUUUAUUGUCAUGAAGAGCUUGUUGUUUGGACUGUUAGAAUCAAAUGGAUCUUGUCUGGUAUUUCAGGGGAGGUGGAUGGGUGAGAAAUAACUCAGUAUAAACGUGGACCAAUAAACAGGUAGAGCCCCUACCUUCAGGGUUUUAGACUGACUGCCAUGAGAACAAUUGAGAAAUGGAAGAGCGGAAGAAGAAGAGGAAGAGAGAUUCGUGCUUUGGUCUGAGUCAGAGUGCUGAAAGUCCCAUGUUUGUCAGUGUAUCAUUGUGCUUUUGUGGGACCUCUUAAACACUGUGUGGUGUUGGACCCAGGCUCGCACCAUCUUUUCACAUACUUGCAGGCUUUCAAAUAUUGUCACCCGCUUCAAAAAUAAUUAGCCAGAGAUGGAGGUAGAAGCACUUGACGAGAUAAAACAUCAGCAGGCCUCACAUUGACGCAGCUAUGUUGUAUAAUAAGCUUUGUGGGUGUUUUUCGUAUUCAAAAAAAGACAAAAAAACUUGAGGCUUUGUCAAGUGGUAGACAAGACACAUCUGCCUCCUUAGGUGUUCCUGCCAUUUUUUAUCUACACAGGAGAGAUGGUCCUAUUUAUAAGUGGAUGACUGGACAUAAAUCUGGCAUCCAUCGUCGCACCACUAAUGCCAUUUGGUGUGUUUAACACUGCCUGUACCAGAACCCCCUGUCUGUAACAAUAACUGAGGUCUGUUUACAAUAUGAGGUCUCCGAAAUCAGUUUGGCUGCUGCACACUGAAACCAAAUACAUUCCCAAUGAGAACCACAGGAGGAGUGAGUAAUGUCAUCAAAUUUACCCAUGUUCAUCUUGGAUGUAAUGUUUUAGAAUGAUACAUUCACACAUGAAAAAAAAAAUGAAGAAAAAAAACAAGAAAAAAAAACAAAAAAAGAAAAUACAAAAACAUAUAUAUGUACAGUGCAGGCUAUGAUGUAAAUGGCACAAUCGCUGAAAAAGAACGAACUUUUUGAGAGAAAAACUAUAAAUAUUGUAUUAUAUUCUUUUAUUUUAUCGGCAUGCUUUGUUGUGUUCUUUGUAAAUACGGAAUUUUAAAAAUGUUACUUCUAAUAAUCAAAAAAUGAAUAAUAACAAUAAUAUAGAAUGGCUUCCAGCUAUGCCCUUUGUCACAUUUGUUACCUUUUGGAUUUUUUGAGACACUUUUCACUUUGUUGACGGAAAUUGAAUGAAAUAUAGAUAUUAUAUAAUACAAAAGAUAAAUACAUGUAUACAUAUAUGUCUAUAUGUAUAUACAUAAAAAAGAAGAACACUGUUUGUCACAUUUGAUUUAUGUGCAACACGUUCAGUGGAUGUCUAAAACUGGUUGUUUCCAGCACCCUUCUAUGUCGGGGAAUAGCUCAUGUGCGAUGUUACUGGAGCUGCUUGCCAUGGAUUGUAGCCUGAUCAUGACGAAAGGAUAACGUUACCAGCACAUUUCUCACUUACUGUCAUAUCUCUCACCUUCACUGAGUAUACAGGACACACCCACAGUCACGGACACAGACACACAGGUGACUCUCCUCACUGCCCUGCCAACUUACCAGUGAUCUGUUCCCCCCGAGGACGUCAGCUGGUGUGACUGACUGCCUCUUAAACCCGAGACGGUACCUACCCCCGGACCUUUUUUUCUCCCCAUACAUACCCACACAUCAGUGCCAUUACAGCUCAACAUGCAUACAAUCAUGUACUUGCUUCUCAUCCUCACACUUCUUUUGUUCCACUCAAUGGCAUGUGCCUUUUUUCUGCUUUUUCUGCGAAUUUGGAUGUCGAUGCCACACUGAAAAAAACAACACAAAAAAAACAAACAAAACAAACAAAAAAAAAAAGAAACAAAAAAAAAAAAACUAAACACAAUACAUGUUUCCAAACUGUGGAGGGUGGGGGUUUGGGGGUGAGCACAACAUUAAUCAGGGAUGUCGAGUCAGAAAUACUGCCAGAGGAUCAUCCAGACACCCCACCUCAUCGUAAUAUUCAACAGUGUGUGAUGUUAACAGAAAAACAGCUAACUCAAAAAUGUCCUGUUCUUAGUGCUAUGUGUGUCACCCACUUGGCUUGUGAAAAAGCAGCUUGCCUUCUAUAUUUCCGUUUGAUUUCUUCAAUGUUUUUGUUUUCCAUCUGAAAUUUAUUUUUGUAUCAAUAUUUGAUUAUAGGACUCAUUCUUUUUUAGCAUGGUUUGUUAUGGGCGUUUUUUCUUUUUCGCUGAAAAAUUAAAAAAGUGCUUUUCAAACUGUUGUUAUCAUUUGACACCGUGAUAAAAAGAGGAUAUACAGUACAAUAUGAUGGUGUGUUGCACAACCACUUGGACUCUUGGUAAGAAUAUAUGAAAGAUUGUCUUCAUUUGAGCACGAACCUUUUUAUUACCAAUAAAGCAGCCUUCCAGUUA